GACAUUCCAUCUCUGCAACCUUAUUUUUUUUAUAUUUAUUUUUUUUAUUACUUUUUCCAGCCAAAAUAUUCACUGCCCGUUUCCCAUUCUGUCCCUACUCCCUUCCAAAAAUUCCUUCUGCUGUCUUCUUCCUCUUCUCGACCUUUAUAUAUACUCCCCCAAAAACAAAGAAUUUUUUCUUCCUCUAUAUAUUACUGAGGCAGCACAGCCUUGGCAUCUUUCUCUUCCAUGGUUGAUUUUUGAGAUAAUUUAUUUGAUUUUGGUGUUGUUGUUGAUUUGGAUACUGUAAGAUGCCUGGAGUUGUCAUGGAGGGUGUCAAUGAAGAUGGGGUAGCCAAUGAAUUAAAUGGAAGUUCCACAGCUUUUAAGGAAAAUUCAGCUUCAAACAAGUCGCCAAAAAGCAAUUUGGGUCUGCAAAGUCCUCCUCGGAGUGCUGGUGUUGAAUUCCCUAUGAAUGGGGUGAUUGACACCUCCAUCGAACAGCUUUAUGAUAACGUAUGUGAGAUGCAGAGUUCUGAUCAAUCACCAUCAAGGGUUAGCUUUGGAUCUGAAGGGGAAGAAUCAAGGAUUGAUUCAGAGUUGCGUCAUCUUGUGGGUGGAGAGAUGAGAGAGGUGGAGAUAAUGGAGGAAGAGGUGGAAAAGCCAGGGGACAACAGUCGUAGUGAUUCUGGUUCUAAGAAGGAAAGCCUGUCUGCAGGUAAGCAGUUUGGGAAGAUGGAUAAGUCUGAAUUCAGUUUGAAAUCUGUUUCUCCAGUACAUUCAAAGAAAAAUUCUCAGUUGGAGUCCGAAGUUUCUUCAAAGUCAAAUCCUAAGGGUAGAAGUCCUCAGGGGAAACCUCCCAGUGAUAAGCGGAGUGAAAAGAAUUUGAGAAAACCAAACGCAGGAGUCACCCCCUUGAAGAAACAGCGGAAUUCACCUCUAGGAGGGGUGAAGUUACAGAAUGGAACUGAUGAUUCAUCUGAAGCAGGAUUGGAUAACCCGAAUCUUGGGCAAUUUCUACUUAAGCAAGCAAGGGAUUUGAUUUCUUCUGGAGAUAAUCCACAGAAGGCUCUUGAAUUAGCUCUUCGAGCCACAAAAUCAUUUGAGAAAUGCGCAAACGGAAAACCCAGUUUAGAACAAGUCAUGUGCUUGCAUGUUACAGCAGCAAUAUACUGCAAUUUAGGCCAAUAUAAUGAGGCAAUCCCAGUUCUUGAGCACUCAAUUGAGAUUCCAGUGAUUGAAGAAGGCCAAGAUCAUGCACUUGCUAAAUUUGCUGGGCAUAUGCAGUUGGGUGAUACUUAUGCAAUGGUGGGCCAACUUGAGAAUUCAAUACUCUGUUACACAACGGGUUUGGGAGUCCAGAAACAAGUUUUGGGAGACACGGACCCAAGAGUUGGGGAGACUUGCAGGUACUUGGCUGAAGCUCAUGUUCAAGCACUGCAAUUUGAUGAGGCUGAGAAGCUUUGUCAAAUGGCCCUUGACAUCCAUAGAGAGAAUGGUUCACCUGCUUCCCUUGAAGAGGCAGCAGAUAGGAGGCUCAUGGGGCUUAUAUGUGAAAUGAAGGGCGAUCAUGAGGCUGCUCUUGAGCAUCUUAUUUUGGCUAGCAUGGCUAUGGUGGCCAAUGGGCAGGAAAUGGAGGUGGCUUCUGUUGAUUGUAGUAUUGGGGACACCUACUUAUCUCUGUCUCGGUAUGAUGAGGCUAUUUUUGCUUAUCAAAAAGCACUCACUGUUUUUAAGACCACCAAAGGAGAGAAUCAUCCGUCAGUUGCUUCAGUGUUUGUGCGUCUGGCGGAUUUGUAUAACAAGACAGGAAAGUUAAGGGAAUCAAAAUCUUAUUGUGAGAAUGCCCUUCGAAUUUAUGGAAAGCCGAUUCCUGGGAUUCCCCCAGAGGAGAUCGCUAGUGGUCUAACUGAUGUUUCUGCUAUUUAUGAGUCCAUGGAUGAGCUUGAGCAGGCACUCAGCUUGCUCCAGAAAGCAUUAAAGAUAUAUAACGAUGCCCCUGGUCAGCAAAGCACAACAGCAGGAAUUGAAGCCCAGAUGGGGGUGAUGUAUUAUAUGUUGGGGAACUACUCUGAUUCUUACAACUCCUUCAAGAAUGCCAUUUCAAAGCUCCGUGCAAGUGGAGAGAAGAAAUCUGCCUUCUUUGGGAUUGCUCUGAAUCAAAUGGGGCUGGCUUGUGUGCAGCGUUAUGCCAUAAAUGAGGCUGCAGAAUUGUUUGAAGAGGCCAGGGAUAUCUUGGAACAAGAGUAUGGACCAUAUCACCCUGACACACUGGGCGUAUAUAGCAACCUAGCUGGAACUUAUGACGCGGUUGGAAGAUUGGAUGAUGCAAUUGAAAUCUUGGAACAUGUAGUGGGGAUGAGGGAGGAAAAGCUUGGGACAGCAAAUCCAGAUGUGGACGACGAGAAGAGGAGGUUGGCUGAGUUGUUAAAAGAAGCAGGCAAGGUCCGCAACAGAAAAGCCAGAUCACUAGAGACCCUCCUUGAUGUCAACUCUCAAACUGUAAACAACGAUGACAUCAAGGUAUGAUAAGGAUGGUUGUGAUGGUUAUAUUAUAUUAAGCAAUGAUGUAAUAUAGGACAAUAUUUAAUAGCAGGAAAGAAGAAAGAAAGAGAAAAAUGGGCAUAGGUGGUGGGUGGGUGAGUGGGUUGAUUAGAUUCUUGAUCUGGGGUUGAAUGAAAUAAGUGGAGGAUGGGGGAUUUUGGGUUGUAAUAUCGAUCUACUUCCACCAUAUUGGUCAAAGCUUAUUGUAUGUUGUAUUUGUUUUGAUUAAUUAGACAAUGUUUCCACCUUUUUCAACAAUUUGAUCGGCUUCUUUCUUCUAUGAUGAUGAGAGGAAAGUUAAAACA